GAAAUCCUACAUUUCCCCCUGUGCAGCUUUAACGAAAUUCUACUUCUCAAAAAAAAUUAUACAAGUUGAAGGAAUCAUCUCACUGGCAUUCAAGAACACAAAGCCUUCAUAAUUUAAAAAUUAUAUAUAUAUAUAAAGCUUUCAUGCAAGUAAGUAAAGGAAACAUUGUUGUAUGGUUGUGAAGACAAAGAAAUUAUACAUUUACGAGUGUGCAUUGAGGAGGUUUGCUGACAUUUUGAUGGAAGCUAAAAGCCAAAGCAUAAUGCUGGAGUCAUAUGCUAUGAACGGAGGAGAUGGACCUUACAGCUAUGCCCAGAACUCCUUGUAUCAGAGAGGACUUAUGGAGGCUGCCAAAGGUAUGAUCAAUGAGGAAAUCGCCAUGAAACUUGACAUUCAAGAACUUUCAUUAGCAGCUUCAGAGCCAAUAAGGAUUGCAGACUUAGGUUGCUCUUGUGGACCUAAUACAAUUCUGGCAGUCCAACAUAUAAUAGACGCUCUAAUGCGCAAGUUCCAAAGCCAUUCAACUCCUGAAUUCCAGGUUUUCUUCAAUGACCAUGUUAGCAAUGACUUCAAUUCUCUGUUUGCAUCACUCUCAGUCCUUGGGAAGCAAUACUAUGCAGCUAGUGCUCCUGGUUCUUUCCAUGGUCGCCUAUUUCCCAAGGCUACCGUGCAUUUUGUUUACUCAUCAUAUGCACUCAAUUGGCUCUCUAAGGUCCCAGAAAGGGUCGUAGACAAAACUGAUCCUGCCUGGAAUCAGGGUAGGAUUCAUUACACAGGUGCUCCAAAGGAAGUGUUAGAAGCUUAUUCGGAUCAAUAUGCCAAGGACAUUGACUCAUUUUUACAAGCAAGAGUGAAAGAGCUUGCGCCUGGCGGGUUAAUGGCUCUUCUAAUACCAGCUGUUCCAGAUGUGAUCACCGACCCUCAAAUUACAAUAGGAUCAGAAUUUAAACUUGUGGGUUCUUGCCUCAUGGACAUGGCAAAAUUGGGAAUGGUAAGUGAGGCGAAGGUUGAUACUUUCAACUUGCCUAUUUACUUCACAUACCCAAAAGAAUUGCGGCAAAUUAUAGAGGAAAAUGGAUGUUUCAGCAUUGAAAGGAUGGAGGUAUUGAACAUCCCAAAGCAGCACAUAGUCAUGCCAGACCUAAGACAGCGAAUGCUGUACAUUAGAGCUAUCUUGGAACCACUCAUUAAGAAUCACUUCGGAAAUGAAAUCAUUGAUCAACUCUUCGAGAUAUACUCAAGGAAACUUUCAGAGUCAUCCAUUUUCUUGAACCCAGAAUGCCAGAAAACAACUGCAAUCUUCCUUCUUCUCAAGCCUAUAUAAUGUAAAUUAAUAAGGAAUAUACUUAUCUCAUUUUCUUUUCUUUUUAAGAAGAGAAGAAAGUUACUAUUUAACUAUUAGCAGUUACAUUGUUAUUAAUAACAUGAACGAUGGCACCAUUUUAUCA